CACAGAAUGCCACCCAACGGGAACGAUGUCACUGGAGUGCUCUUCGAGACGGAUGCAGAGACCAGGGACCUGGGCCUGGCCAAGGACCUUAGCAAGCUGAAGACCACCGAUGGCAGGAGGCUGAAGCUGGUCUGGCUCAACAUUAUCCUGUUUGUGGUAGCGCACACGCUCUCCGUGUACGGCUUGUGGCUGCUCUUCGUAGAGUCCACUUGGACCACUUUCCAUUUCCCUGCUGCCUUCUUACUCACCGGAGUGGGCAUCUCCGGCGGCGCCCAUCGUCUGUUCGCUCACCGCACCUUCAAGGCCAACACGCGGCUGAAGCUGAUAUUCCUCUUUCUGGACACCCUGGCCUUCCAGGAUGCAGUAUACUACUGGGUGAGGGAUCACCGCCUGCACCACAAGUACACGGAGACGGACGCUGAUCCGUACAAUUCUGAGCGCGGCUGGUGGUUCGCACACAUCGGCUGGCUGUGCUGCCGCAAGCACCCUGAAGUGAAGGCCAAGGGCCAGCAGAUCGACCUAUCCGACCUGGAGAGUGAUCCGCUGGUGAUGUUCCAGAAGAAAUACUACCUCAUCCUGAUGCCGCUUAUCUGCUUUGUCCUGCCCACCGUGCUGCCGAUGUGGCUUUGGGGCGAGACCCUGAGAACCUCCUUCUAUACGGUGUGCAUGCUCCGGUGGGUCCUCAGCCUGAAUCUCGUGUGGUUGCUGAAUAGUUCGGCUCAUAUGUUUGGGAAUCGGUGUUACGACAAGAAUAUUAAUCCCACGAAUGAGCCAGUGCUUAUUUGGCUGAAAUGUGGCGAAGGCUAUCACAACUACCAUCACGUUUUUCCGUGGGACUACAAGAGCGCCGAGGGGGGUCACUUUGCCAAUGACUUUACAACCAAGUUCAUGUUUUUUGCCAAAAUUGGCUGGGCUUAUGACCUCAAGAGUGUGCCUGCUGACCUUGUUCAACGACGCGUAGAACGAACCGGAGAUGGGACCCAUCCCAUCUGGGGCUGGGGAGACAAGGACCAAACGGAACAGGAUAUUGCCAAUACUAAAAUCAUGCACAAACGGAAGGAUAUGAUUUUUAAAGCAAUUUAAUUGGAAUUAAAUAAUACUUACUAUUUUGUAUUUAUUGUUUUCGCUAGGUACUAUAUCUGUUAUAUGAGCUGGAUUUAUUAUUUUGUCGAAUAAAUACAUCAACUGGGACUCACAUAAA